UCCCUUUCACCUUUAAUUGUAGGCCCUUCCGUGGGACUCGGGAGUGGCUCUGGGUGACCUCAGGGUGCGCCCUGAGCGGCUGACACGCAGAGCUGCGCACUGAGCGAGGACGAGCGCAUAGGUGGGAUCUGGAACAAUGGCUGUGUAGCGACGAGAGAGACGAAACAACAACGCAAAGAGAUCCUUUUACUAUACGGGGGGGUUUAUUUUAUUUUAUUUGAGUUUUAAUAAAUAGGAUGUCCAAGCGAGUCAGACCGGGCUAUUACCGCCAAGACGUCAACAAAACCUCAUGGGAAGUACCGGAGCGGUACCGGGAGUUGAAGCAGGUGGGGACCGGGGCGUACGGGACGGUAUGCUCAGCAGUGGACUCCAGGACAGGAACCAAAGUGGCAAUCAAGAAGCUGUACAGACCCUUCCAGUCGGAGCUCUUCGCCAAGCGGGCCUACAGGGAGCUGAGGCUUCUCAAACACAUGAAACAUGAAAAUGUGAUUGGCCUAUUCGAUGUGUUCACUGCUGACCUCUCUCUGGACAGAUUCCACGAUUUUUAUCUGGUGAUGCCGUUCAUGGGGACAGAUCUGGGGAAGCUGAUGAAGCUGCAGAGGCUGUCCGAAGAGAAAAUUCAGUAUUUGGUUUAUCAGAUGCUCAAAGGGCUCAAGUAUAUUCAUUCUGCUGGAAUAAUUCACAGGGACCUGAAACCAGGAAAUCUCGCCAUCAACCAAGAUUGUGAGCUCAAGAUCUUGGACUUUGGUUUGGCUCGGCAGGCAGACACCGAGAUGACGGGGUACGUGGUGACUCGCUGGUACAGAGCCCCAGAGGUCAUCCUGAGCUGGAUGCACUACACGCAGACUGUGGAUAUUUGGUCUGUGGGCUGCAUCAUGGCGGAGAUGCUGCAAGGGAAACCUCUUUUUAAAGGCAGCGACCACCUAAAUCAGCUGACUGAGAUCAUGAAGCUCACAGGAACACCGACUCAGGAAUUUGUAUCAAAACUAGAAUCUGACGAUGCCAAAGGCUACAUCAAAAGCCUUCCAAAAGUGGAGAAGAAAGACCUUCAGAAUGUGUUUUAUACAACUAAUCCACAAGCCGUGUCCGUGCUGGAGCGCAUGUUAUUGCUGGAUCCAGAGAGCAGGUUAACCGCUGCAGAGGCUCUCUUGCUGCCUUACUUCACUGAGUUCAGAGAACCAGAGGAGGAGACGACAGCACAGCAGUACGACCACUCAUUAGACAACACAGACCAGUCCCUGGAUCAGUGGAAACGUCACACCUUCACAGAGAUCUUGACCUUCAAACCAGUUGUGCCAGAAUCCAAGGAAACAUCACUGUGAGACACACAGUGUCGGCGGUGCAGCGUCGGACCAGAUUAAACUAUCAUGUCUUUUUAAAAAUCUUGAUCUCAAACUGGAGAACUCUUUGAUCACAAGGAUUUAGAAUGCCUGUGGAUCCAAUUGACAAUUGUCUUCUAAGUGCAAGCUGUCAUGUCUUGGAUUUGUCAUUCAACAUCAUGUUGGUCAGUAGCUUUCUUCCUGACUUUAGCAUCAGACCUCUCCAUCAUGUCCUACAGUUCUCAUGAUGAUAGUUCAGUUGCUGUAAGUCAGAUGUUAUUAUUCUUUCAUGAGUAACUAUAUUAUCAAGGAAUUAUGGGGGGCAUUACUUGAAUAACUUAGUUCAAUUUCACUUCAGUGGUACAUAUAUGUUGUAUGAGUAUUUUUUUUUUUUUUAAUCAAAUACAUCACUAACUAUAUUUUUUGUAAUAUGUUGUUUUGUGAAGUAGCUUCCCCUUAAGUGACUACAUGUCCUUAAAAGACAUUUAAUUGGUAUUAUUGUGUGCGUGUGUCUGUGUGUGUGUGUAGUCUACAUGUCUGCUCUGACCUCGUUGUUCCUCCCAGUGGCCUUAAGAUAACGACCAAACAAAAACCCUGCCCAGCUCACAAGUUGCAGACAUUCACAUUUUUUAUUUCACAGCCAAAACAGAUUUACGCCAGAUUAUGUUGUUUUUUGAAACACAGAAAGUAGGUCAAAACACAUUGUCUAUGUUGAUUUGGGAAUUUUUGUAAACCCCACUCGUGCAUUUUAUCAUUAAACA